AUGGCAGCUCCUUCUGGCUCUCCCAGCUCAAAGAACCCCAGCUUUCUCACCCCACAAAUGGACGAUACGAUAGCCAGAAGCCCGCAUUCACGAGAUACAUCCUUGAGCAAUCCGUUCCUGAGCCCGGUCGUCACACCUGCCCUUGCGAGCUCGGCAUCUAGCGUUUCAGAUGUUGACCUUGAGGGUGCCCUUCGACCAGAUCCGGGAACCGAGGCCGAUUUUGAGGUUCAAAAUAAUCCGUUCGCUUUCAGCCCUGGGCAGCUUAACAAACUACUAAGUCCAAAGUCACUUUCUGCUUAUGUAGCCCUUGGAGGACUACGUGGGAUUGAGCGAGGUCUUAGAACAAAUGUCGAGAGUGGUCUCAGUAUCGAUGAGACAUCGUUAAAUGGGCACAUUACUUUCGAAGAUGCAAGUACUAAUUCUACAGAACUCAUCCAGACACCAAGCCUCAGUGCUAAUCAGUCCACCCCUGCCACAAGCUCGGACACGAACGCUUUCAAUGAUCGUAUUCGUGUUUAUGCUCAGAAUAUCCUUCCGGCCAAAAAGGCAACUCCAUUAUGGAAACUGAUGUGGAAUGCAUACAACGACAAAGUCCUGCUGCUUUUGACGGCUGCAGCCGCAAUAUCUCUCGCCCUUGGUCUCUACGAGACUUUCGGUGCAACGCACGAACCUGGAGCGCCGGCAUCCGUAGAUUGGGUCGAGGGCCUUGCAAUCUGUGUGGCAAUCAUCAUUGUUGUCGGAGUCGGAUCUUUGAAUGACUAUCAAAAGGAGAAGGCCUUUGUCAAACUCAAUACUCGAAAGGAGGACCGGGAGAUUAAAGUGGUUCGAUCCGGCAAGUCUUUCAUGAUGAAUGUGCAUGAAGUCCUUGUCGGGGAUGUGCUUCACUUGGAGCCUGGAGAUCUGGUCCCUGUUGAUGGUCUCUUCAUUCAAGGCCAUGGGUUGAAGUGUGAUGAAUCCUCCGCUACUGGAGAAUCUGAUGCACUGAAGAAGACUGGUGGCAUGGAGGUCAUGAGGCUACUGGACGAAGGCCACCACGGUGUCAAAGAGCUCGACCCCUUUAUCAUCUCCGGAGCAAAGGUUCUCGAGGGUGUCGGCACCUAUCUGUGCACUUCGGUCGGUGUCAACUCUAGCUUUGGAAAAAUAAUGAUGUCUGUACGCACAGAGACAGAAGCGACUCCUUUACAAAAGAAGCUUGAGGGAUUGGCAACUGCGAUUGCCAAGCUCGGUGCGAGCGCAGCUGGCUUACUCUUCUUCAUCCUUCUGUUCCGCUUUCUUGCCGGCCUGGGAUCGGAUAUCAGAACAAGUGCUGAGAAGGCUUCGUCAUUCAUGGAUAUACUCAUCGUUGCGAUCACUAUCAUUGUGGUAGCCGUCCCUGAAGGUUUGCCUCUAGCGGUGACCCUAGCUCUAGCAUUUGCCACUACUCGACUGCUAAAAGAAAACAACCUAGUCCGAGUUCUGCGUGCUUGUGAGACUAUGGGAAAUGCAACAACCAUCUGCUCCGACAAGACAGGUACUCUGACAACAAACAAAAUGACCGUCGUUGCUGGAACUUUCGGGAGCGCCAGCUUUGGCAAGUCCAGAGAUGGUGAGUCGCGAAGUGCUCUCGACUUUGCACAGGCUUUGCCCAACGCCACCAAGCAACUUAUUAUCCAAUCAGUUGCUAUUAACUCUACCGCUUUUGAAGGGGAUGGUGCUGAUGGCUCUACAUUCAUUGGGUCCAAAACUGAGACUGCGCUGCUACAGUUCGCCAAAGAUCAUCUAGGCAUGGGAAACUUGUCGCAGGAGAGAGCAAACAACACGGUCGUUCAGCUCAUGCCGUUCGACUCCAGCAAAAAAUGCAUGGGCGCAGUCAUCAAACUUCCCAAAGAGGACUAUCGAUUCUUUGUCAAAGGAGCGUCCGAGAUCCUUUUGAGGAGCUCCACGUCCAUCGCGGAUUCGCAGCAGAAAGAAACAACAAAAAUUUCACAAUCAACGCGACGUUCUCUGGAGUCAACUAUCGAUUCUUACGCAAGACAAUCUCUGCGUACUAUCGGUCUCGUGUAUCGAGAUUUCCCGCAAUGGCCUCCUCACUCUACUGGAGUCGAAGACGACUUCGACUUCGGUGGCAUUCUGAACGAACUCACUUUCCUGGGCGUUGUCGGUAUUCAGGAUCCUGUCAGACCCGGUGUUCCAGAAGCUGUGGCGCUAGCAAAGCAUGCAGGUGUUGUCGUCAGGAUGGUUACGGGAGACAACGCCACUACUGCGCAGGCUAUUGCAACUGAAUGCGGGAUUUACUCCGAUGGUAUCAUCAUGGAAGGACCCGACUUCCGCGUCCUCUCUGAUGCACAGAUGGAAGCUUGCCUGCCAAGGCUUCAGGUUCUCGCAAGAUCAUCCCCUGAGGAUAAGCGAGUGCUUGUCUCCAAGCUCAAGGCUAUGGGAGAAACUGUCGCUGCCACUGGAGAUGGGACUAAUGAUGCACCAGCAUUGAAAGCUGCUGACGUGGGAUUUUCUAUGGGUAUUGCCGGUACCGAGGUCGCCAAAGAAGCAUCUUCAAUCGUUUUGAUGGAUGAUAAUUUUGCGUCAAUUGUUACUGCCCUCAAAUGGGGUCGUGCCGUUAAUGAUGCCGUACAGAAAUUCCUCCAGUUUCAAAUCACAGUCAAUAUUACUGCUGUGCUUUUAGCAUUCAUUUCAGCUGUCUCCAGCUCGAAAAUGCAGUCCGUCCUUACAGCCGUGCAACUCCUCUGGGUCAACUUGAUCAUGGACACGUUUGCAGCUCUAGCCCUGGCUACUGACCCUCCAACACCUAAGAUCCUUGACCGGAAACCUCAAAGAAAGGGAGCUCGACUUAUUACAAUCAACAUGUGGAAGAUGAUAAUCGGGCAGGCGAUCUUUCAGUUGACGAUCACACUUAUUCUAUACUUUGCAGGCUCCAAAAUACUAAAAUACGACGAAUCUCGAGAGCUGGAGCUCAAUACCGUUAUAUUCAACACUUUUGUGUGGAUGCAAAUCUUUAACGAGUUCAAUAAUCGACGACUCGAUAACAAGUUCAAUAUCUUCGAAGGUGUACACCGCAACAAGUUCUUUAUCGUCAUCAACUGCAUUAUGGUUGGAGCGCAGAUCGCCAUUGUUUUCGUUGGCGGAAAAGCAUUCUCCAUCACUAGAAUCGAUGGUACCCAGUGGGCAAUCUGCAUCGUCCUGGCGUUUUUGUCACUCCCUUGGGCGGUGUGUGUACGCUUGGUUCCAGAUGCAUGGUUUGAGAAACUGGCUACCUUCAUCGGCAAGCCAUUCCUUGUUGUUUAUCGGGUUCUGUCACGAGUCAGUUCUAGAAUGGGAUCGUUCAUCAGGCGCAGACGGGCAUCUUCGGCCUCAGAGACCGUGGAGAGCUCCACCCCCGAGAUCACUGUCACCGAGAUUGGCAAUGAGAAGAGUACAGCAACGACUUAUGAGGGAGACCUAGAAAAGGGCAAGCUAUAA